CGGCAGUACGUUUUGAACUCGGCCAAAAGGAGGUGGCUAAGAGUUUAGCGCGGCACGCAAGCACAUAAUUCCCCGCUCGGACGUGAUUUCGCCCCUUGGUACAUGAAUACAUGUGAAUGUGUACAUAUGUGCGCACGGGAAAUAAGGCAGGAAAAGCCCAAAGCCACGGAGUUCGGAUCCGAGAGUCUUGCGUUUUGUUUUGCGCAGCACUGCACCUGUGCAGUGUAAAAUCGUGAAUUCAGUCGAGGUGCAACUGCGGCGCUUGUGCGGUUGAGGGAGGAGAGUUGGCAGAAGUGUGUUUGUGUGUGUAUGUGGGUGGGUAGUGCCUUUUAUUUCCGAUUUUGACGGGAGUCCAAUCCACCAAGCUGAGUAGUUGCAAUUACGGCGCGGCGGAAAACUGUUUUUCUCGCUCACAAAUACAUAUGUACAACCUGUAUAAACAACAACGACUGCCGUAAACAGCCAACUGCGAACGCAGCAACAACAACAGUUCUAACAACAGUACACAAGCAAACACGUUUCCCGUUUUAUUUUCUGGCCCGCGUUUAUUAGUGUGUGUGGGUGCGCCUCUGUGUGCGAGUGCGUAUGUGUGCGUGUGUACGUGUUGCUCGCUCGAGUAUAGAAAUUUCUAAUGAUUUUUGGCCUGUUCCCGAAAAGCAGCUCCAAACAACAACAACAACAACUUUAGGACUCUGCAGUGGCUGUUCCAAUUGACUCGCCAUUCUUUUGAAUUGUUUUUAUAUAUGUAAUUGAACGCCGAAAAACAACUGUGUAAAAAACAGCAUCUGUGCCAGCAACGAACAGAGCUUCGAAUUUUGUUGUUUUUAAUGUAGAUUCCAGAAAAUUUGAAAAAGGAAACCGAACUGUUUUGUAAGAUACAAACGAGCAAAACAUCGACCAAUAAACAUCCCACUCUGUAAAGGAAUUUCAAAGGCUAAUGAAAUUGGACACAUCCGAAGACCUCGCCCGAUGUGCGUGGGUGCUGGCGCAUCGCCUUUGAAUCGAAUUCAGAGACAUGGUGAGUCACUGACCAGAGGCCAAGAAACCCGCGUAGGAGUUCGGUGUCAUGUGAGCAGAGAUCAGUCAACAAACACAACAUUCAACGGAAGGCGAAAUUACAGCAUAGAGCAGACGACACAUAUCCACAGACAGGUUGCACCAUCGAGGAGCUCCAUAUGGAGGCCACUGAUCAGGAGGUCAUGCUGGAGGGCAGGGAAGACCUCAUGUCCACAUCGGCGACAUCGUCCACAAAUGGCGGGGACACUAAUGGUUGCGGCAAAAAAUUGUCCGUAACCUCUCCGGAUCCCACACCGUACGUGACCAAGCAGCGAGUGACGCGUCCAACGCCUCCCGCUCCUUCAAAGAAUCCGAUGCAAUUCGUCCAGAUCAAGCCCUGCAACCUCUACCAGACCGCGCAGGAGCAGCUGAAGAAGGCCGAGGAGGUCAAGAAGCUGAAGGAGGUGAAGAAGGAGGAGCCAGAGGAGUGGCAGAACAACCUUGACAAUUGGAAAUCAUCGAGACGAAAACGUGUCGAACACAUCAUCGAUCGAGCGGUGGAGACCAAGAAACUCGAGCUGGAGGAGCAUGAUCGGUUGCGCCGAAAGUCGAAAACAUUCACCGAAAUGAUGGAGGAGAGGGCUGAAAGGGGCGGACCUCGGGGGCGUGCCAAGCUGGCUUCCCUGGCCGUAUACAACGAGGAUGAGACGAACGACCUGAGUGAUUUGGGGAUCGGAACCAGCAGUGCCAGCGGAAAGAGCAGCCUGUCCGGGGACUAUGACAAUAACAGUGUUAUGAGCGACCAUGCGGCGGAGCUGGAUAAGGCGAUUGGAGCAGCUAGCUCUGUAGCUGCUGGAGUAACCGCCCAAAACGUGGAUGAGCAGCUGAAUCACAUAAACCGCAACGGUAGUAAUGGGAACCACGGGAACGGAGCGGCUGUUGGCCAGACAGGACCAUCAAAUUCCUCCAAGUCAGCAGGGCGGCAAUACAUCUCCUCGCCAGGAUACGAUACGUCCUCCAGUAACGCGCAAGCCAGUUCUCCGGAUCUCUGUGAAUACACCUACGAAGGAGCCAUCCAGGACUACAAGCAAAGAGUUCAACGGGCCAGCAGCAAUGGCAAUGGAAAUGCCAACGGCAAGUUGAUUGGAGAACAUAUUGCUUAUCCCACGAGGCGAGGCUCUAAAAUUGAGGAUCGAUUGAGUGGUUUUGAGGUGACAUCGCCAAGCGACACGCAGGAGGGUGUAGAGAAGCAAAAGGUGGACGUGCCCAAGGUUGACAUAUCCAAACGCAAGGAGAUCUUCGAGCAGGCCAAGGCGGAAGUCUCAAACGGUGGUGCUCCAGCUGCCCCAAAACUCGUAUUUCGUGAUGGUCUUACCAAUGGAAAUUCAGCUACCACUGCUCCCAAAUCGGAGGUGAGGCGUCUUUCUGGUGACAUCUCCAGCAUUCGAGAUCGCAUGCAGAGUUUGGAACAGCAGCGGAAGGCUUUCAGUUCCAGCAAGAGUGUGGAUGUGCCGGUGCCGCCCCUUAAACAGCGUCUGAAUAGUCUGCAGCAGUCCGUUGCCAAAGAGGAGCAGAAGAAGCCACCGUUGGUGGCGCUCAUCGAUGCCAGACAACUGGAGAUCAUGAGGGGAGAAGAGGAACGUAUGCGCCAGCAGCAACAAAAAGAGAAGCAUUCACCAAGCCAAACUACAUUGUGUGCACCUAAGCCAGCUCCUCCUGCCCUUAUUAUUGAGGAACCGCCGGUGGCAGACACCAACGACGACAGCGGCAUUCAGGAGGACACCGCUGAUGAACUGCAGCAGCAGCAGCAACUCAACGCAGCCAUCGCCGCCUUGGCGCUCGAGGAGCGCCAGUUGGAGGAAGCAGCCAAUGCGGUCAACCAAAUUGAAGCGGAGUUCGAUGAGCUGACUGAUCUGCAUCCCUCGCCAUUGCCACCAUCUCCAGCUCUUCCGGCGGUUCAACAAAGCCUCCAACAACCGACAGUCGCUCAGGUUCCAGCACAAGCGGUCAAUCAGGCGGCUGCUCCUCCAUUGCGGGACAUGGAAUUUAGUAUCAACGAAGCUCUUGAAUUGGCGCUGCAAGCUAUUGAUCGCGAGGCGACAACCAAGCCAAUGGACAAGGCACAACAUCCACAGAAGCGGGAACAGAAGGAGGAGCUGGGAGGUAAGCCGGAGGAGAAGGAGCCAAUUUGCGAGGAGCAGCACGACGAAGAGUCCAACGAGCAGGGGGAAACACACAACGAGGGUGGGGAAAUGCCAAAUAAAACCGAUAAGCAAAUGCAGGGGGGACGAGAGCCCAUCUAUGAGAAUGUCAGCUCGACUAUAUCUAUGCAUGAAGUAGAUAAUGAACAGAUAGCAACUAUGACGAUAACCACACAGACCCAAGCGACGCGAAUAAGUCACAGGAGAAGCAUUCCAAGCCAGCAAACCAGCAACAGUAACGAGAAUAAUCAAAGCACUAAUCAAACCAGCAACAGCAGGAAUCAAAAAGAGAGCAGCACAGCAGCAACAUCGGCAGCGAACCCCGUGCCACCAACAACACCGGGGGAACAAGCAGAGCCCUACUACCAAGUGCCGAAGGCCACGGAGCCCUACUACGAUGCCCCCAAGCAUUUAAGGCCGGUGCCGGUAUACGAAAAUGUCGAGAUCUUUUACUCGGGCCUGGAGAUUAGUCAGGGAUCUGUGGGAGCGCCAGUAGGGCUGAUGGAGCCACCCAAGGAAAAGCCACCACCACCGCCCACCGAGAGUCCGAUUCCGCUGGACGAGGGCCAUGACGACGAGCUGGAUGGACUGGGCAACAGUCUGGGCCACAACACAGACACCUGGUCAUCGGACAACACCUACGAGACCAUAUCGAACGGCACUCGCCGGCACCUUCAGGGACAACCGGAACCCGCCCAACCCUCGCCGCCCAUCAAGAGGAUGAACUCGACCAAACGGAUCAAGAAGGAGUUGCGCAACAAGCGCUCCAGCUUCCUGGGCAUCGAAAACGACGGCGAUCUUGACGACAUGGAGACCUAUCUCGAGCUAACAGUGGCCCCGCCUCCGGAUAUGGCGCAGCUCUUGCAGGAGGAGCGGCGACUGGAGAAGCAGCUGUACAUCAAGGCGGGACUCUGCGACAGUUCCGACACAGGUGAAAGCCGCGAUUCUGGAGUUUCUGAAAACCACUCUCGCCAGAGCAGUGAGCACUACACGAACUCCUCUGAGGAGAACGAUACACAGUCAGAGGCCACACCGCCGCCAUUGCCUCCACCACCAUCGACCGCCCAAGUGGGUGAAGUCAUAUACCAAAAUGAGAGCCUCCUGGCUGCCCAGACGCCGCUUCUCCAGACGGUAAAAGGAAACUCCGCCGAGUCCUGGACCGAAUCAGCAACGGCCGCAGCGGCGGCCACGCAAUCAUUGAGCGAAGCCACAGCAACGGCCAAUGCCAAGAUGCAGUCCAUCGAGGAUAAGAUCCGGGAGCAGGGAGAGAUGUUGCGGGUGGAACGCGAGCUACUGCACUUCUCGCAAGAGGAACUGAAACGGCAACGUGAAAAUCUUGUGCUUCGAGAAAAUAUUGCUCGACGAGAGUUGCAACACGGAGCCAAGAUGCUGAUGUCGAACAACCGGCGCUCACUGCAGGAUCUGCACCACGGUCUAGGAAUCGGAAACGGAAUGCUCAGUGCCUUCCAGCCACCGCAACACCACCAGGUUCAAAUGCCACCACCGCAUCCGCAACAGAUUUACGCCAAUGUGCCGCAGCAGCAGCAACAGAUGGUUCUGCAUGCAUAUCACCAGAUGGACACGGACUACCGCAAGUCCAUGUCGGAUCUAAACGAGUUCUCCAACUGCCUGAUACUGCCGCCAACGCCGCCCACAAAGCCAUUGAGGGCUAUGCAAUUGAACGCCAAUGGCCAUGGCCUGGAGCCAGAUUACGCUGUUAGCACGAGGCAGCGCCAACCACCGGCUCCGUACGGUGGCUCUCUGGUAAAGAUUGCUGGAGCACCAAUGCCGCCACGGCUCCCCGGUCAAGGAUAUCCCAUUCAAGCGCCGACAGCGCCAGCAUACCAUCACCAGUCGGCCCAAAACUUAAGCAAUAUGUCCAGAAACACAUUGCUCGCUUUGAGUGCCACCCCCAAACCAAAAUACGCGGACGGAUGGGUGCAGGUGCAGCAGCGGAAGAGUUAUGACAGCCAACAGACCAGCGAUGCGGCUUGGCUGGCCGCUCAGCAGCAAAAGCGCAAAUCCAUGCCUGACUACGGCGGAGCACUCUACAAUAACAACCACUGGCUACUGCAGGAGGCGGAGCAGCGACGCAUCGAGCAACUUAAUCGGCGAUCUAUACCAGCCAGCAAGUCGAUGGGCAAACCGCUGCCCGAUUCCAUCAUACAAACUCUUACGGAGCGGGUCCAGAGCAAAGGAAUCGGCGAUCGAAAGCGCUUCGAUAGCAACGGGAACUAUAGCCAGGUAAAUGGCAACAACAUCUACCAGCAGCAACAGCAGCAGAAGAAUGUGACGAAUGGCAGCAGCAUCAAUGGCAACAGCAGCCAGGGGCAGGAGAAGGUGCUCAGCGUUAGUGGCAAGAAGAAGUGCUCCCAUUGCGGCGACGAAUUAGGUAAACUUUGCUACUACGUUGGUUAUCUGGGCUGCACUCACGGCAAUUGUCGGCAGGUGCACAAAGCGCUAAAAUAUAUUGUUUGGGUGUAAAUUUAAAAAGACUGCCCAACAGUUUCGAAUAUUUUAGGUCGCGGCGCUGCCAUGAUCAUCGAAUCGCUUCUGCUGUUCUACCACAUCAACUGCUUCAAGUGUUGCGUCUGCCACGUCCAGCUGGGAGAUGGCCUCAAUGGAACCGAUGUCCGGGUGCGAAACCACAAGCUGCAUUGCCAAAACUGCUACUCCAGCGAUGACGGCAUUAAGUUCAGCUGCGUCUAACUGAGCCCUCGCCAUGGAAACGGAAGUGGAUUAUUGAAUAGAACUGGGGUUGUUGCUCUGUUGCUUUUGCAACAUUGAUUGUUGUUGUUGUACUAGUAAUACAUAGAUAUUAAAUAGAGAUGAUAAUUCGUACGUUCACAUAUAUACAAUACAUAUAUCUACAUAUGUUGAGAACAAAGUCAAAUCCAAAACGUUUCAGAUUAGUGUUAAUCGCUUUAAUAUGCUUCCCUACGAAAUUAUGUAAUGUUUUAACUCGGAUUUAAAAGUUUUAUACAACGCAUUCUACAUGUUAUAAAUCAAACUCUAUACAUUUUACAUGUUUAAAUGCCAAGCUCUCUAACAUUGUAACAAAGUAAUGUGUGUUGAAACUUAAAAAAAAAACCAAAAAAAGGAUUAACUUUAAACGAAGUGUUAAAAUUUUGAAAUUGUUUUGAAUUUAUAUUUACACCUCUACUCUACACAUCUACACAAUCUACUAUUUCUAUCCGAAAAUUCGCUUUUAAAUUAGUUAGUUUCUAACUUUUUGUACCCGCUACAGCCCACUUAAAAUACCUAACGACGCAUCCAAUGUACCUAAAAAAAACUAUAUACAAACACCCAUCCACACGCAACUCACUAACAUAAUUAUUAUAUACAUACCCUUAAACUUGCAUGAGGUGAGCAUAUAUCGCGAAAGAUUUCAUUUCUUAUAUCCCUUAUUUUUAUUUAUUGUAAUUUCGCAUAAAGUUGAAAAUUUGUAUAUUAUAUACACAUCUUGGAUUGUAUGAUUAAUUUUUAAACAUGAUCGGUAUAUGAAUAAUUUUUCUGUAUAAAUACAUCAAAGAAGAUAUAGUUUAGUUUUUUAAUAAACUAUUUCAAUGAAGAACUAUUUCAUAUUUUGAUCUGCAGAACGCUUAAAGUUAAAAGGUGUAUGGUAUGUUGGUGGUAAUACUUCAAUGACUAGGAGAUACAGUCCUUCAAUGAUGAAACAAUCAUUUUACGUUUCUGAACUUAUCAUUGUUAAUUAAAUUGUUCUAAAAUGUAUAACUUACCUGUCCUGUCGCAUUUCCGACAAAUAUGCUAACAAAGUGGAUGUCAAUUCGACAUGCUUAAUAAAAACUUACAACUG